AUGCGAACGACGACGACGACGACGACGACGACGACGACGACGACGGGCGGUCGCUCGCGCGCGAGGCGUGCGCGUCGCGUCGCGUCGACGGUCGAUCGAGACGCGGCGACGAACGCGAGCGACGAUGGCGAUGGCGCGUCGACGUCGACGCGCGGGACGCGCCGACGGGCGUGCGCGCUGGCGAUCGCGAUCGCGCUCGCGCGCGGACGGGCGGCGCGCGCGGAUGGAUUCGUGGUCGGGGGGUCGGGGGCGAACGAGGCGAACGGUGGGUUCGCGCGCGAGGAGACGUACGAGUACGAGACGCGGGACCUGGCGGUGGACUUGGCGUCGCCGUUGGCGGCGUAUUGGGUGGUGACGAAGGCGUUGAAUCAAGAGAUUCCGACGUGGUUGAAUGCGAUCGUGUUGGUCGCCGUCGUGGGGGCGGGAUGGGUCGUGUUCACCGGGAACUCGUCGCUGGAUGCGUAUUUGCAAUGA